CGAAGGAAGGAAGGAUAAGAAGAAGAAGAGACUCUCUCGCGCGCUUUCCGUUCUCGCUCAAUCGGCCUCUCACCAGAUAUAUCUGACGUAAUUCUUCAAUUUUAUCCCUGCAAAUUCAAGCAUAUCUUCCUUUUUUAUUUCAAUCUAAUCGUAUCAUCAUCCAUCAUCUGCUUAAUGUUUCGGAUACCUAAAUGCUUGAAUUCGCUUCAUAAUUGAGCUUUCAUUAACUGGAUCGUUGAAGAGCGGGAUUGCUAUUUGCACAUUUUGAGUAUUUACUUCUGUUUUUUCUCGUAGUAGAGGAUGAAUUGAAGGAAUACAACAUUUAUGUUCACUUUGGAAUUCCUUUUCUGUAAGAAGAACUAAAGAGGUGAGAUGUCGGGAACAAGUUCAACUGACGAUAAGAAGUCUACCAAAUCCAGUUCCGCUGUGACUCAAUCUGGACCAGGAAAUGCCGCCCCUCUAGACGGACCUGGAUUGGAAAAUCCUUUUGAUUUCUCAGCAUUGUCUGGCCUCCUUAAUGAUCCAAGCAUUAAAGAUCUAGCUGAACAGAUUGCAAGAGAUCCUUCAUUCAAUGACAUGGCAGAAAACCUUCAAAAGACCUUUCAGGGUGCAGCUUCUGAAGGCGGGAUUCCACACUUUGAUCCCCAGCAGUAUUAUGCAACAAUGGAGCAAGUUAUGCAAAAUCCAGAGUUUAUGACAAUGACUGAGCGACUUGGAAAUGCAUUGGUGCAGGAUCCAAGAAUGUCCAAUAUGCUUGAAAGAUUUUCAAAUCCUGCUCAGGGUGUCCAAUUUGAAGAACAAAUUGCACACGCCAAAGAAGAUCCAUCUUUGAAGACGAUCCUGGAAGAGAUAGAACGCGGGGGUCCGGCUGCAAUGAUGAGGUAUUGGAAUGAUAAGGAUGUUCUAAAGAAAUUGGGUGAAGCAAUGGGCUUUGCUGAUGCUGAGGAAACAAGUAUUUCAGGCAAAAAUGUCCCAGACAAAACUGAAGAAGUGAAUGAGGAAGAUGAAUUGACCGUUCAUAACUACGCCAGUGUUGGGGAUGUGGAGGGUUUGAAGAAAGCACUCGCUGCUGGUGGUGACAGAGAUGAAGCAGAUUCAGAGGGAAGGUCAGCACUGCAUUUUGCCUGUGGAUACGGGGAGGAGGAGUGUGUUCGGAUUCUUCUAGAGGCAGGGGCGAAAGUGGAUGCGUUGGACAAGAAUAAGAAUACGGCUCUACAUUACGCUGCGGGAUAUGGAAGGAAGGAGUGUGUUGCGCUUCUGCUGGAGUACGGCGCCGCUGUCACUCUUCGAAACAUGGACGGGAAGACACCCAUGGAUGUCGCCAUACUGAAUGACCAAAUAGACGUCCUAAUGCUUCUGGAGAAGGAUGCUUUUCUGUAAACGAACACAACACCAAUAUUGGCCCUUUCUUGUGCACUUCUGUUGUGACUGGUGAGAGUAUCACAGAUAUGUUAAUGUCAAUAUUUCAUAGAAAAACAAAGUGUUAAACUCAACCAUUAAAGCUCUGAUCCAUCAUGGACCGUUCAAGGAAUUUGGAAGGAAAAGAAAAAAAAUGAUUUUCU